GCAGAUGACCAUGGAGUACCAGAACAUUUCUAACAGCUCUCAGUUUGCCCGUACCUCAGUGGUAGUAUCCAGCACUGUUCUGGGAUUGUGCUUUGCUCUGGGUGUACCAGGUAAUAUAGCGGUGCUGGUCAUGCUCACCCAACAUUUAAAGGAGGGCAGUUUCACCCCAAAACUGAUGCUGAAUCUGGCUGUCUCGGAUCUACUGAGUCUGAUUUCUCUGCCUGUGUGGAUCUAUGCCCUUCUGAACGGCUGGGUUUUUGGUCAAGGUCUGUGUAAGUUAUUCUCCUAUGUCGUGUACUGGAGCCUCUACAGUAGUGUGCUUUCUGUCACCUUGUUGAGUGUGCAAAGGUACCUGCAGGUGCUGUAUCCACAGCGAUGGGCGAAACUUGGACAGAAGGGCCAAAAGGGGCUGAUUUUUGGGAUAUGGACAUCAAGUGGAGCUCUGGGUUCUUAUGCGCUUUAUUUCCGAAAUGUGAAGAAGAAGAAGGACAGGCUUUUACACUGUUAUCAGGAUUAUAGAAAUAAACAAGACCAAGUUGCUGUCUUACUCAUCGAGACUCUAGUGAUGUUUCUUGUUCCUUUCUUCAGCCUGUUGUUCUUCUACCUUCGACUUCAUCAACGGAUAAGUUGGUCAUCUUCCUUCAAAAGCCACAGGCUGACAAAACUGGCCAUCAGAAUCGUAGUGGCCUUCUUUAUAUUCAGCACCCCCUGUGUGAUCAACAACUUGGUCUUAAUGGCAGUGUCAUGGGAAUCAGAUGUCAGCAACAAUGUAACCGGGGCUCUUUUCUUUAUCAACAGUUGCGUGAACCCUUUUCUUUAUGCCUUUUCAGCUCGAACACUGCGAUGCAGAAGAAAACAGCAUUCAGACGAGCUACAACAUCAGAAUGAGACUGUGUAAACUGUAAAGCAAUUCUGAAGCUUUUAUGGUGGUAUAUGAGUCUAAUGGUAAUUAUUUUCUUUUGAACUGUGCCUACACUCUUAAAAAUAAAGGUGCUUAAAAGGUUUCUUCACAGCGAUGCCAUAGAAGAACCAUUUUUGGUUCCACAAAGAACCAUUCAGUCAAAGGUUCUUUAAAGAACCAUCUCUUUCUUACCUUUUUAUAAUCUGAAGAACCUUCUUCCACCACAAAGAACCUUUUGUGAAACAGAAAGGUUCUUCAGAUGUUAAAAGGUUCUUUAUGGAACCAUUUAGACAGAAAAGGAUCUUCUAUGGCAUCGUGAAACACCUUUAUUUUUAAGCGUGUAAAAGGAAGUGCAUAUCAAAUUUUUCAUCAUAUCCUAUUUGUGUUUUCUCGGCUUGUAACCUGAAUAGAAUACUUCUCCAUUCCCAAAUUAUUACAAUUAGCCACUAAGUAUUCCUGUAACAGGACUGUUAAAGGCAACCAAUGAUAUCUUCUGCUUUCUUGUCUUAUGUAGCAUGAACAUUUUCAGUAAGCCUUUCUGUUCAAAAUUGGUAAGGAAUGUGGUCAUGCUGAGGCAGGUUAACCACACUUGAUCUUCUGACUGCAGCUUUUAAAGAGAAACACAAAAGAGACUUUCUGAACACACAGUAAAGUAACUUCAACCUCUACACAAAGAAAAAGGAUGCCAACAAAGACUUAUUCUUUUGUUGUAAUUUGUUGUUUGAAGUUAAUUGAAGUUUAAAUGAAAGUGGUUAUACAACAGUUUGGUUUAUGUCUGUAAACAUAUUUUUCAAAGUUGUAAAAAAAAGAGUUAUCUGAGUAGUUUAUACAAGAAAGUACUGUUUCAGACUUUCCACGUAAAAAAAAAAAAAUCACAUUAAGCUCAAUGUGUUACUUGCUGUGUCUUUGUCAGUUUUUAUUUUUUAACUUUUUUGUGAAAUAUACUAGCAAUUUUUAGUGAAAAUUGUUUCAAAGUAAACCCAAAACCAGCACCUUUUUCAGUGUAAAUUUUAACUGUCUGUCAUGACAAUUUUUUACAAUUGCUAGGUUGAGGCAAAUUUAUUGUGGAAAGUUGUGUGAUUUAAAUAUUGUUGCUAAUUUUACACAUUUUAUUAUUUUACAGCCUAUCUUCUGGUCGGAAAAAUGGAUUAGUAGGCUACUUUUUUUUUUUACCUUUUACAUUUUUGCUGUUUUACAAAUUGCUUAAAUUCUGUUAAAAAUCCAUCAAUGGCUAUUGGGGUCAAUGUGUUUAAUGAACUGCAUCUUUUUCUUGGGCAAUAUAGGCCGCUGGUGGAAAAGUCCAAUGUCUGUGUAUUUUAUUUUUUUUUGUUUGUUUGUUUUUUUGUAUAUAAAAUAGAAAGAUAUAUACCAUGUGCAUAUACAGAAGCUGACUUUCAUAA